AUGUUGUGGCAAUGGUGCCCCAAGGCGUGUGUCGGCCUGGUUGGCAGUACAUGGCAGUCCGUCGCGCGAUCAAGCGGUCCAAUUUUGGCAGCUGCUAUGUGCACAGCCGGAUUUAUAUGCGGUGUCUAUCAUGCGUAUCAUCUAUAUCAAGCAAAAAAAAGAAAAGAAUAUGUUGAUAAUCUGCCUGAGGAAUGGGUGCAGGUUGGGUACGUAAAGGGGCUGAAUGCAUACCCGGUAAAGUCAUGCACGGGUGUUCCACUUAACAACGCUGAAUGUUCUCCGCUGGGACUGAGGGAUGAUUUUAUUCGUGACAGAAUAUUGAUGGUCGUAACCGCAGAGGAUAACGUUGUUAUCAGAUUUAAAGCCUACCCGGAAUUGAUAAGAAUAAAACCCACAUUUAAAAAAUCAAUUUUAACAUUAAAACACCCAAAGAUGCAACCAAUUGUAAUUGAUUUAAAGAAGGUAAAGGCAAAGGAGAAGACUACACGCGCAACAAUUUCAUCAGCGUGCGUACCGGUUUAUGAUUGCGGCGAUGAAGUCAAUGAAUGGAUCACCAAAUGCCUGGAUGAUGAAGAUACAAAAUUUCGUUUGGUUUAUUAUGCCUCAGAAAACAGUCGAGAGAGAGCGGGUGACGUAACACGCUGGCCAAACAUAUAUGACGUCCUCAGACCAACCGAUACAGGUGCCUUUGCUGAUGAAGUUACUUACCACGUUUUAAAUGAAGCAUCGGUUGACGAUUUAAAUUUUCGCCUCAAAUUAAGAGGUAAAGAACUUCAAGUUGAUGAAACUCGCUUUCGGGCCAAUAUCUAUGUCUCAGGGUGUAAACCGUUUGAUGAAGACAACUGGAAAUAUGUAAAAAUUGGAGAAAAUGUUUUCCAAGUUAUCAAGCCCUGCAUAAGGUGCAUAGCCACAGUUGUAAAUCCUGAGACUGGUGUUCGUGAUAAGAGUCUUGAACCACUGGAAACAUUAAGGAGUUAUCGCCAAGCUACAGAUCCCGCUGUACGUAAGGAGGCUGGCAACGCGCCGCUGAUGGGCAUACAUAUGGCACUACGCAGUGAGCCUGGUGGCAUAAUCUCUUUAAAUAACCCUAUUUAUGUUGCUUAUUAG